AUGGCGAUUCAGAAGAAGCAUGGAAAAGGUCGUUUGGAUAAAUGGUAUCGGCUUGCAAAAGAGAAGGGUUACAGGUCUCGUGCCGCCUUUAAGCUGGUCCAAUUGAACAAGAAGUACGGCUUCCUAGAGAAGAGUAAGGUUUUGAUCGAUCUGUGUGCAGCCCCUGGUGGUUGGUGUCAAGUUGCUGCAGAAUGCAUGCCCAGUCAGAGCAUCAUUAUUGGUGUCGAUCUCGAUCCUAUCAAGCCUAUUCCCAAAGUCAUUUCGUUCCAAAGUGAUAUUACUACCGACAAAUGUCGUGCUACAAUCCGAUCCCAUCUGAAAAACUGGAAGGCAGAUACCGUUCUACACGAUGGUGCGCCAAAUGUCGGUACUGCAUGGAUUCAGGAUGCUUUCUCUCAGGCAGAGCUAGUGCUGGAAUCUUUGAAACUAGCCACAGAGUUUUUGAUCGAAGGGGGAAACUUCGUCACAAAGGUUUUCCGUUCUAAGGACUACAACCCUUUGCUAUGGGUUUUUAAGCAGCUGUUCACAUCAGUUGAAGCGACCAAGCCCCCUUCGUCUCGUAAUGUGUCUGCCGAAAUCUUCGUCGUCUGUCGGGGAUUCAAGGCUCCCAAACAUAUCGACCCGAAAUUCCUCGACCCUCGUCAUGUCUUCGCAGAACUUUCAGAUCCCACCCCCAAUCACGAAGCCAAGGUUUUUAACCCAGAAGUCAAGAAGCGUAAGCGUGACGGUUACGAGGAAGGUGACUACACUCAGCACAAGGAAAUUUCAGUCGCUGAAUUCAUCAAUACGAUGGAUCCUAUUGCCAUUUUGGGUGGCUACAACAAGCUUAGCUUCUCACAACCACCGGAAGGAGGUGAUCUUGCCAUGACUGCCUUGGACCGAUUGGAAGAAACCACAGAAGAAAUUCGAAUCUGCUGUCAGGAUUUGAAGUGGCGUCUGAAGAUGCGAGAGAAGUUCGGCUUGUCCGUGAAGAAGAAGGAUGGAGAGAAGAAGGAUGGGGAGAAGCAGGAAGCAGGAGAAGAAGUUGCGGAGGUCGAGCCCAUGGAUGAGGAAUUAGCCAUCCAGGAGCAGCUCGCGCGGAUGCGGGAGAAGGAGACUGCCCGUGGCAAGAAGGAGCGCCGUAAGGAGAAUGAAAAGAAGCGCAAGGAGAUCGUGCGCAUGCAAUUGCAUAUGACCACACCCAUGGAUAUUGGCAUGGAACAAAUCGGUCCUGGUGGUGUGGACUCGACGUUCUCACUCAGACGGAUUGACAAGGCGAAUGCCAGAGAUGCUGUCGUCAAUGCCCGCGACCUUCCUGUCGAGAGUGAAAGUGAAGAUGAGUCCGAAUCGGAUGCAGAGAGUGAUGAUGAUGGUGAUCGCUUGGAGCGAGAACUUGAUGGUAUGUACGAAGUAUACCAAGAACAAAUGGAGGCCAAGGAUUCCAAACUGCGCGCCAAGAAGUCGCGUAAGGAUUACGAGGCUGAAGAAUGGGAGGGCUUCUCAGACGGUAACAAGAGCGGCGAUGAGGAGGAAGGAGAGCCUAUGGACUCUGAAUCCACCACCGCUGUUGAACCAGAGCCUCCCCGAGAAAUCUCAAACAAUGCUGCUUUGUUCUUUGACCAAGAUAUCUUCCAAGAUCUAGGCGUCGAUGAAGAGGAGGAAGAAGAGGAGGAAGAGGAAGAAGAAGAGGAAGAAGAUGAUGAUGAAGAAGAUGAUGAAGAAGAAGAUGAAGAAGAAGAUGCGGAGGAUAGUGAGACGGAAGAAGAAGAAACUCCUGUCCUGAAGCAAAAAGGCAAAAAGGAAUCCAAGAAACAGGAAACGAAGAAGCAAGAAUCAGAAUGGGUUGAUUCGGAUGAGGAAUACGAAGAAUCUGCAGAGCCUCGCAAGGCUAACGGCCAACUUGACAUUGAUAUCAUUACCGCUGAAGCUAUGGCUCUCGCUCAAGCGAUGGCUACUGGUGAAAGGAAGGCAACAGAUAUCGUCGACGAUGGCUUUAAUCGCUUUUCAUUCCGCGAUGUGGAUGGUCUUCCAGAAUGGUUCCUAGACGAUGAGGGCAAACACAGCAAGAUUCAGCGACCAAUCACCAAGGCCGCAGCCUCAGCAAUCAAGGAGAAAUGGCGUGCCAUUAACGCCCGCCCGAUCAAGAAAGUGAUGGAGGCCAAGGGUCGCAAGAAGUUCAAGGCUGCUCAAAGACUGGAGAAGCUGCGCAAGAAGUCUGCGCUCCUGGCAGACGACGAUGCACUCAGCGAGAAAGACAAAUCGCAGGCCAUCUCAAGACUUAUGAGCAGAGCCACCAAGAAGAAGCCCAAGACAGAGACCAAGCUGGUGGUAGCCCGAGGCACCAACCGUGGUGUGUCUGGUCGUCCCCGUGGUGUCAAGGGCAGAUACAAGAUUGUGGAUGCUCGCAUGAAGAAGGAUGUCCGGGCGCAAAAGAGACUGGCGAAAAAGAAGAAAUAG